AUGGUAGAGAACGGGUUUCACAAGGAAGAAGAGACCGAGCAUAUCGAGGUCGCUCCCAAAGUCGUACUGGCAAUAGUUGAUGAGUCUGUUAGAGGGCCGGGCGAUGGCCCUGUUUUGAUACCUCAGCCAACACAAGAUCCGAAUGAUCCCUUGAACUGGACGUCCUUCGAAAAAUACCUGACCUGCCUGACUGUGUGCUUCUUUACUAUCCUUUCAACCUUUAACUCCAGCAACCUCGUCGUCGCUCUAGUCCCAAUAAGCAACGAGUUCCGUCAGACACAGACAAAAACAGGAUAUGUCGUCUGCUUUAAUCUACUCCUCAUGGGCGUUGGCAAUCUUUUAUGGGUUCCGCUAUCGAGAGUUAUCGGCAAACGGCCCGUCUACUUAUUCGCCCUUCUCCUUCUGACGGGGUGUAAUAUUGGGACAUAUGAAGCAUCUAGCUACGGGUCCCUUCUCGCUUCGCGUAUUGUAUCAGGACUUGCCGGCGCUGCAGCCGAUUCGACGGUUCCGUCUUUAAUCGCGGACCUCUUUUUCGUUCACGAACGAGGUCACUGUAUGAUGAUCUUCCAUUUUGCUCUGAGUACCGGCUUUUUCAUCGGCCCACUCAUCUGCGCCUAUAUUACCCAAGAAGUGGGCUGGCGCUGGACGUCCGGAUUGCUGGCUAUUGCUGGCGGUGCGACGUUUCUUGUUGGUAUCUUCACCAUCCGAGAAUCGAAUUAUCAACGGGACACUGCCAAUGUCGACUUGCCGGCCUCGGAGUAUCCACCUAAGCGGAGCUUUCUGUCGUGGAUGGCCCUAUCGCACGGUUACAGACCGGAUGUCUUGUUCUUCAAGGCUGUAUGGAACACCAUCUGCCUGGCAGCGUACCCGCCCAUCAUCUGGACUGGCUUUUUGGUUGGAACCUUUGUUGGAUGGUACAGUAUCCCUACUCUGCAGCCCGCGCCUUUUAUUUCUUCCUUCUUUUCGACCACUUUACUCUCAGACUUACAGAUUUCGUUUCUUAGGAACAUUGUUGUCCAAAUGACCGCAAGUCGCGUUUUCACCCAGCCACCAUUCACUUGGAAGAUCGGAAAUCUCGGCUUGCUUGCUCUGGCGGGUUUUAUCGGUGCUCUGGUCGCGUUUUUUCUCGGCGGCAAACUCAUCGACCUCAUUUCUACCCGCAUGACAAAAGCAAACCGUGGAAUCAGGAAGCCUGAAUUUCGAUUGCCCGCAAUUAUCUUGCCGGCCGUCAUUGGGCCCAUAGGCGUUUUGACCUUUGGUAUCUGUACAGCGCGCCAUCUCAGUUGGGUCGGGGCAGCCUUUGGCUAUGCAAUGCAAGGAUUUGGACUGACGGCCGUCUCUAAUGUCGUGGUCACGUACGCAGUGGACAGCUACCACCAGGUUGCUGGCGAGGCUCUCGUCGUUGUAUUUGUCAUCCGGAAUACCAUUGCAACGCUUCUGGCACUGUAUACUGUCAACUGGCAAGAAGCAACAGGCAUUGAAAAUGCGUUCGGCCAAAUGGUUGCGAUGCAGUAUUUCUUCCUUCUCUUUGCCAUUCCAAUGUUCUAUUACGGGAAGCGCAUCAGGGAUUGGACGGCCAGCUAUGGGCCACUGGUCGCUAUCUUUGACCAGGAACGCAAGCUAACCCCGCAGCAGAGAUACUUAGAAAAAUAG